AACUGACAUCUUACAGACGUCUGUCAGAUGUUUGUACACAGCAGAUGCUUUCCAGAUCAAGUGAUCUUUAACAGACAUCUUGCAGACGUACGUGUGCUAUCUGGGUAAUGUAUGCAGGAUGUGGGUUGUUGACCAUAUAUGUGGACUGAGAUUCAAUCAAACUUUAAAUGUGCUUAAUAUUAAUAUGUUGUUGUGACCAGGUGCCACUUGAUUAACGAUUAACACUGAUUUGAUUAAAGGUCUGAAAAGUUUUGAGAACGACUGCUCUACACUAACAUGCUCUAUGAGUAAGACCGUAAGUAAACACUGGGAUAAGACUGAGUUGACUCAACUAAAGUUGCCUUGUGGCUGUUAUAUUUUCUUGUCUUGAAGGUGAUUACCAUAGAGGAGUGGCUGUAUGUGGUGACAUGUCUCAAAGCUUCCUUUGCGUAUUUAAGUAAGAAUGUAGCUCGUCUGGUAGAAGAGACAGUAAACCGGUAAGGCCAGCAGAAAAGUGAAAGAUGCAAAAGGACGUGUUGACGCGUUUCUGAGGGGCUAAUAUGUCAGUCAGCUUUUUAAGCCCUCCGUGGAAGGAUCACUUCUGAGAUUAUCAGCACUUUAUUUUAUUCUUGAACCAACUCUUGAACCAAAAUGGCUAUUUGGGUUAUCUUACCAAUUGUUCUGUGUGCCGUCUCAUUCAUCGGGUGUUGGACAGUAUACGGACUUGCAUUAAGUUUCAACCAUGUCUGCUCACUUAACAACUGGGAAUACAGAAACUCAUGUCUCCCAAAUGAAACAGGGGUUUGCUGCACCAUGGAUAAUAUCCCCACCGUAAGCACAAGUGGAACAAACUUUCCCGAAAAUUCCCUUUUUACAGCAACAAUAAAUGCUGGUUCAUUUUUGUUUCUGAUUUUUUGCGUUUUCCAUCAUGCACACAUCCUGGACAGGAACAGUGUUCAUUCUCUACUCAGUAAGAUUGCAAUGAUUUUAGGCUGUGUGGUGUCUGUGGGCGCGUUCAUGGCAGGGAACUGCAAUCCAGCAGAGCUGGUGUUGCUCCAUUACCUGGGAGCUGCUGUGAGCUUUGUGUUUGUGUGUCUAUACAUGACCAUCCUGACCUCCCUCACUAGUAAAUGUAUGCUGACGGGAUGUGAACGGGUUCUCUACCCACUACGCAUCACCUCCUCAUUCAUCCAGAUUUCUGCCACCAUCCUCUAUGGCAUCUUCUUCAUCCAGGAGAGUUACUUCUACAAGCACAUCGCUGCUGUGUUUGAAUGGUUUCUGUGCGUCAAUCUGGAGCUCUAUGAACUCAGUUACACUGUGGAGUUCUACUUUUUCUCCUCAUCAAUGCUUUCAGUACUUUUAUCAAAGAAAGACGAAGAGAAACCUCUCAUUUUAGCUUAAUGUUGAAAAUCGAUAGUUUUUCCGUUAUGGAUUUAUAAUGUAAGACAUUUUAAAUGUAACCUCAUUCAAGCAGCAGGUCUACUCAGGAGGCAUUUGAAGACUUGUAAAGGGUUUGCACAUACUUUUGAAGUUGUAAUACAAUGUACAUACUCUUUGAGAUAGCAAGCACUGGAUUUAACGCAGGAUACUCUGAUUUUUUCUCAGAGUGGAGCAACAGGCACUUUGAACUUCUUAGUUUCUUCCAAAGCAUCUUUACUUUCUAAAUACUUUAUCAUUUAACUAUGAAAAUACCUUACAAAUGCAAUAUUUGACCUCAUAUCUAGAUUUCCUGUGUGAGAGAGUAACUUGGUUUGUUUACCUCGCACUUUUAAUCUAAUCACUCAGUCCCUUGAUAAUGUGGAAAUCAACUGCUGGCAGGAAAUAUAUAUUUGUCAGAAAUGAAUGUGUUGUAAGGUCUAUGUAGAAAAUGAUAAGAAUAUCCCAUUCAUAGUCACAGGUUUAUCUCGAAUUAAAUUAUUUUUCAUUAUCCCUUAUUAUAGUGUCAGAACCUCAAAGGGUGAAUUCAGGAGAACGACUAUGGCUAAGUGGUCCAAUUUACCUGAAACGACCUUCUAAAGAUCAAAACGGGUCUAAUUUUCUUGGCAAGAUCAUUGGCAAGUUUAAUUGACUCUUCCGGAGGGAAAUUGAUUGACAGGCGAACUGACCAAUCAGAACGCCGAAUCUACAAUUUCUGUCCGACAAACAAGCAAGAGAGUAGAUUAACGUCGUUGCACUUUAACGUGAAAAAUGGCGUGUACUGACGUCUUUCCGCUGUCGAAACAAGACCCAGAUUGAUGUUCAUUCAUGCUUAUUUCAUGCUAUAACUAGUAAAAAAGAAGAGAUGGUCACAGCGAUCUGUCACGACACAUGAAAGAGCCACAAAACGGUAUUUAUUGUUUGAAUUUCUUAAAAAAUGACAAAAUUUGAACACUGAAUAUGGCAACCCUGGUGAAAAAACCAGCAUAUGCUGGUAGGUAUGUUUUGAUGCUGGGAUGCUGGUUUAAGCUGGUCCUUUGCUGGUUCAUGCUGGUUCUUGACCAGCAACAUGACCAGCAAAAACCAGCAAAGGACCAUCUUAAACCAGCUAAGGACCAGCAUAAACCAGCAAAGGACCAGCUUAAACCAGCAUCAAAACAUACCUACCAGCAUAUGCUGUUUUUUUCACCAGGGAAGCCAUUUUAACAUUUAAUCUAUAAACCUUACUAGUAUAUAUUUUCAUGCUACUAGUACUUAUUUUUAGAUACUAGUAUCUUUUCCAUUAAGUACUAGUACUUGUUCAUUAGCUACUAGUGCUUAGUAAGUACUAGUGCCUUUUUAAGAGAUCCAAGACUUGUUUAUUAGUACUUAUUCCUUACAUACUAGUACCUAUUAAAUAGAUACUAGUACUUAUUUAUUAGAUAGUACUUAUUUCAAUAGCAACUAGUAACUAUUCUGUUAUGAUACACCAUGGCUUGUCUGACAUGGGAAAUCUUAACAAAGGGGGGCGGGUCUUUGUGAAGGGUCAAUUCCUGAUGUUUUUUCACUACCACAGAAAACUACAAUGCAAAACCUGUAUUUCCUUUUGUCAAAGCAAGCAUUUUUUCAUUGCUUCUGUAUGAUUGUUGACGUUUAUGGUUGUACAGGUAGAACUCAUAUCUACUUGUAGACUGUACAGCAUGCAUGAAUCGAUUUGACUAUGCUGAAAUGACCAACAGGAUCUUACCAAACACACACACAGGUAGCAAUAUAAAGUCAAGAUUGGUGUACAGUAAUUCAAAAGAAGCACUAGCACCUGAAACACCUGUUCUGUGUACUUCUGACACACCCAUUGUGUUUAACUAAGAUCAUUCUUGCAUAGUCAUGUACUUGCGCAGGUGAAGCUCCAACUCAAUUGUUUUUCUGUUGAAACUUUCAGGUUUAAUGGGGUAAUCAUCUAAAACAUAGUUUCCUUAUUGCCCUUUUUAUUUUUAAAUAAUGUAGUCUGGAUCUAUGUACUGGCCAUGAAGACUCAAAAUUGUUUUCACAAACAAUCAUUAACUUAUAGUUUACUUUGUGCUAUACAAUCUCAAAUACUGCAUGAUUCAGAAUGGCAAAGAAACAUCCAGAACAUGAAGGGGAAAUACAGGACAGCUUGUUCAAACUUCUGAACUCUCAUAGUGAAGAGGCGUGACUGUUUGGAAAGGUUAUGCAUACAUACUGCUGUAAGACAAAGAUACUAAUGCAGCUGAGGACUUUGGACGUGUGCUCAAGAACAGUGUUGAAUGAAGAAAUUAGUCUUAAAGCCUGGAAACCAGUUAGCAUAUUUGCACGUAAUGUUUGUUCUGUUGUCCCAAAGUCUAAGGUGUGUGGCAAACACAAGCUCAAAGUAGUUUCUACAAUAUAAAAUACAUCAGCAAUGGCCAACUUGUCUUUUAUUCAUGCUUUUAUGCAUCUUGUAGGCAGUUGCUAACAAGUUGUGGGGCAUUUGCUCCAAGGAGGCAAGGGAGGCAGUGUCUCCUCAACAAAUAGAGGGUUUGCACUUACGUUGUGAUUUGGCCAGUUACCUGGAUGUGCAGCCAUAUUGGUGAUACUCAGAUGUAAACAACAGCAUGGACUGCAUGGUUAUUUUACUACUGAAUACAUUGUUCUGCUAAUUUAUGCUGUCGAAAUCACCGAAUAAAAACAUUUGGAAGCUGUUAAAACAUAUAGCGACUUAGUAAGCAGGAAAGUGUGCAACAUUUCGACAAACUAAUUUGUCAAUUUAUAGAAACAGGAAUUCAUUAAGAUUCUAGCAUUCUAACAUUUCACCUACCUGACCGGAAAUUAUAAGAACAAACACAAAUGUUGUCAAGAUUCUUUUCCUGGAAAUCCUAGUUCAGUUUAGCCAACCACAAACGCCUUUUGUUCCUCAGACAGAUUUUGGCACUUUUCUUCUAGAUUUGUUACAACUUUUGGUAGUCCAAAUUUGGUAUAGUACUCCAAAUGUUUUUCCCGGUCCAACUGAUUAGCACAGCCCAAAGCAUGACAGUAAUUGACCAUCUUCAGCAGCAAUAAUCAGCAAAAUAUGCAAGUUUCUUUUGGUUCGGUGGCAAUGUUUACAUUCAGUGCCACCAAUAUGGCCGACUGAUGACGCGCCGUGAAAACACACUAUUGGAUGAGAAAAAAACUCAUUGUACAAAAAUAAAACAAUGCAAAUAUUACAAAAUAUGACAUUAAAAACAUAUAAAUCACUUGUUUUUCUAAAGUAACACCAUCCAACAGCAACACCCGCAGGGAAAGUUACAACGGGAGUGCGCGUCUUUUUCACCUCCCCUCAGCCUAUUAAGUUUUAACAGACACCCUAAGCAUGCGGUGAGUUUGGUGGUAGGUAACUGAGAAUGAAUGGGGGAAAGUCAGAGAGGAGGCAGUGCCUCUAAUGCAAACUGAUCACCUGUAAUUGGUUCAAGCGAUAAAUCCCACCUCUUGUGUUUGUGCAUGGUUUUGAAUCAGUUUGAAUGAACAAUAUAAUGGUGUUAAUGGCCAGAAUAAUAAAAAAGUAAACAACUCACACACUUAGAUAUAACCACUUUGUCAGGUCAAAAUUGAACUUCAAAUGGCCUGAAAACAUGAUGUUGUUUUUUAGUAAGCGGUCAGCUUGUUAAAAUUUAAGGUACAUCUCUGCGUCUGUGACCAGUGUUUACCGAGCUCUGAUGACUGAUGUUCCCGAAAGUAAGAACUAAACUAAAAAAAAAAAAACACUAAACUGAUGAGAUUUAUACUUGAGGUUUUAAUAAAUAAAAUAGAAUAGAUAUAAUUAAUUACAUUGUUAAUGUAAAAAUACAAAGUAGAAAUCUUUCCUGGUAGUGUAAGUAAUGUUUAUUUAACCAAGAAAAUGUGACUGUGACAUGAGUUUACAUUAAAUUAAAAAUAAAAAGUGGUAGAAGUAGGGACUUUCCCAAAUAGCACACGUACAUCUGCAAGAUGUCUGUUAAAGAUCAUUUGAUCUGGAAAGCAUCUGCUGUGUACAAACGUCUGGCAGACGUCGGUGAGAUGUCAGUUUUACAUACAUUCUAAAUCAUAAACAUCUUAAAACAUCUAAUAGACGUCUAUUUGACAUCUGAUUCGAAACGUCCUAUAGAUGAAUUGCAGAUGAGUAAACACCCUAAAAAAUACAUCUUGCAGAUGUAAAUGCAGACGUCAAAUAGAAAUCUCUGAGAUGUACGUGUGCUACCAGGGUUGGCUCCUCAUUUCAGCCCAGAUAGCACAUGUCCGUCUGCAAGAUGUCUGUUAAAGAUCUCUUGAUCUGGAAAGCAUCUGCUGUGUACAAACAUCUGGCAGACGUCUGUAAGAUGUCAGUUUCACAUACAUUCUGAAUCAAACAUCUUAAAGACAUCUAAUAGACAUCUAUCUGACAUCCUAUAGGAAACGUUCUAGAUGUACUGCAGAUGAGCAAACAAUCUAAAAAAUGUGUCUUGCAGAUGUAAAUGCAGAUGUCAAAUAGACGUCUCCAAGAUGUACCUGUGCUUUCAGGGAGAACACUGCACACCAUAGAUAGAUAGAUAGAUAAAGACUGAAAGAGUUGUUCAAAGCUUAGUGAUGUGCUCUAGCUUUUUACUUCUGGUGAUUGUACUUAUGCUUCAGAAUUCAUAAAGCCGUGUUAAUUUGUGAAGACGAUCUAAUCUCAUAAACUUUUGUUAGUCACAGAGUUUACAGUAUGUUCUGCAAUAAUCCAAAGUCCAAUAAAAAAACCCUACUGGAUUUUUAAUCAAGGGAACUUUCUGGUUUGGCUUACAAAAACACACUGUACCUGCACUGUACUUGAACUCAAGCAGUUGCUUAAAAUGAGAGCAAUAAACCUUUUGAAUUGGGGUGUUAAGAUUUUGUAUUCAUGACCUAUAGAGUCAAAUCUAAUAAAAGGAGUCAAGAGAAUAAAGAAACAGGAAAAGACUCAAACGUUAAUGCAAAGCACAUAACCUUUACUUUGAAAGAAGGUAAUAUACAUCCUGGAAUUACAGAUAAUAAAGAUACAUUAUGAGCAAAAUAAAUUCACAAUGAAUAUCCUCUCUUCUUUCACUGAUCCAAAGAGUGGGGCAAACUAGAAAAUGGCUACAGUAUCAAUAAGGAGAAAAGUGGUAGCAAACCUAAAAAGCAUGUAUGUCCAGGCAUUCACUGAAUACACUGUAAAAAAAAAAAAAAAAUGAAAACA